AUGAGGGAGCAGUGUGACUGCCGCCUGCCGCUGACUCCUGAUAACUUGUCCUAUGGACAGCAAGCUGCAGGUGCUGCUUUAGAGACACAUCCAGAUUCUGCUCUGCUCACUAUGAAAGCCACAGUCACUGCCACCUUCUUUGGUGUGCUUCUUGUGUGUACAUAUGCAGCUAAGGAAGCCACAAAGAAGGUGAAAAAGGCUAAGCUAUAUGUACCCCUGAUCGACUGUGAUGUCAAGGCAGGGAAGAUAAUCAACCCAGAAUUCAUUGCCAAGUGCCCUCCUGGAUGUCAAGAUGUGAAACACCGAGUCUAUGGCACAGACAUCUACGCUUCAUUCUCCAGCGUCUGCAACGCUGCCAUCCACAGUGGUGUCAUUGACAACGCAGGAGGCAAGAUCCUCGUUCAAAAAGUUGCUGGCCACUCCGGUUACCGCGGGAGCUUCUCCAACGGGGUCCGCUCGCUGUCACUGCCACGCUGGAGGGAGUCCUUCCUUGUGUCAGAGGGCAAGCCAAGAAAAGGUGUGACAUAUCCAUCAACUCUUGAAUAUUCUUCUUCAAAAAGCACAGUUGUUAAAUCAGAGCCUAAAAAGCCAGAGCAAGUCCUGAGAGCUAUGAAUACUGCAGGUACAGCCAAUGCAUCAGAAAAGGCAUCUGAACAAGGGGAUGCAGUCCACAAGGAGCAUCGGACAUCUCCUGUGCCAAAAGCAGAUACGCAAUUGGCCACCACAACCCCAACAACCACAACGAUGGAUCCUCCUACUACGGCACUGAAGCCAACCACAACACCUGCAACAACCCAAACCACGACAGUUGCAGCCGCAGCCAAGGCAAGAUCUGGACUGCACAGGGUCAGAGAUAUAGGUUCUAGCAAUGUCCAUCCAGCAUACUCAUCUGUGGUAGCUGCAGCAUCAAGACAGAUUCAGACUGCACAAGGAAGAGAACAGAAUACAGCACUCAGGGGCACUUUUGCAAGUAACAGGAGCAUUUUACGACCAAACACAGGGAUUCAGCGCCAAGAGCCUGUUGCCAGCUUCCAGAGGGCUGCCAGCUCUCCAGACCACCUGGCAACCGAAACAGACUUAUGGAAACCCGGACUGAGCUUUUUUGACACAGGCUUCAGUUCAAAGGAAGAAUUGAAUCUCAAGCCACCAGAAUCCAUCUCCCAGGGGAACCCAAACUGCAAGGUUGAUCUGUCCUUUCUGAUUGACGGCAGCUGGAGCAUUGGUAAACGCCGCUUUCAGCUCCAGAAGCAGUUCCUCAGCAACAUAGCACAAGCCCUCGGCAUUGGCAGUGCUGGUCCUCUGAUGGGCAUUGUUCAGUACGGCAACGACCCUUCCACAGAAUUUAACUUACAAACUUACACCAACGCCAGGGACCUAAGAAAUGCCAUUGAGAAGAUCCCACAAAAAGGUGGACUCUCCAAUGUUGGGAAGGCUCUUUCAUUUGUUAACAAAAACUUCUUUUUGGAUGCUAAUGGAAACAGACGUGGAGCACCCAACGUGGUGGUAGUGAUGGUGGAUGGUUGGCCAACUGACAGAGUGGAGGAGGCCUCUAGGCUGGCCAGAGAAUCAGGGAUCAACAUUUUCUUUGUCACUAUUGAAGCAGCUGCUGAAAGUGAGAAGCAGAAUGUUAUUGAACCAAAGUUUGUGGAGAAGGCAGUGUGCAGGACCAACGGUUUCUAUGGCAUCCACGUGCCCAGCUGGUUCAGCCUGCACAAGGUGGUGCAGCCGCUGGUGAAGCGGGUGUGCGACACGGAGCGGCUGGCCUGCAGCAAGACGUGCCUCAACUCCGCCGACAUCGGCUUUGUCAUCGACGGCUCCAGCAGCGUUGGCACCGGCAACUUCCGCACAGUCCUCCAGUUCGUGGCCAACAUCAGCAAGGAGUUUGAGAUUUCGGACACCGACACCCGCGUCGGAGCUGUCCAGUACACCUACGAGCAAAGGCUGGAGUUCAGCUUUGACAAGUACAGCACAAAGCAGGACGUGCUGAGCGCUAUUAAAAGGAUCAGCUACUGGAGCGGUGGCACCAGCACAGGAGCAGCCAUCAGCUACGCCUCAGAGCAGCUGUUCAGCAAAUCCAAGCCCAACAAAAGAAAGAUCAUGAUCCUCAUUACCGAUGGCAGGUCUUACGACGAUGUCAGAGUGCCAGCCAUGGCAGCUCACCAGAACGGAGUUAUAGCUUACUCUGUCGGCGUUGCUUGGGCAGCCCAAGAUGAACUGGAAGCCAUCGCGACGGAUCCUGAUAAGGAGCAUUCCUUUUUUGUGGAUGAAUUUGACAACCUCUACCGCUUUGUUAAUCAGCUUAUCCAAAACAUUUGCACAGAAUUUAAUUCCCAGCCACGGAACUGAUGGACCUGGGCGAGGUGGGAGCCUCGGGUGCCAUGCUGAUGGCACACCAAGUGACACAGGAGUUAACACCAGCCAUCAGUUCAAGAAAGGCUGGAGGUGUUUUUACCUUUUCCAGUCAGCAAGGCUGAUAGCAGCUCUGUGCCUAUGCAUGAUAACACUUGUAGGCUGUUGAGUUUUUGGUUUGCUUUCCUUUUUUGUUGUUUUUUUUUGUCCUUUAGAAACUGAGUUGGAUGGAUAGUGGAAGAGGCAGUAAACAGGAAGGAAAUAAGUAACUGGAGCAUUUAUAAGUGGCACUUCAGGGUUUGUUGUUGUUUCAUUGGCUUAUCUAUGGCCCUUGGCUGUCAAUGUGCAAUUUUACUAACUUCUUGGGAUGACCUUGAAAUUGGCACAUCUCAAAAACGUGGAAGCGUUUAAUCUCCCAUCUAAACCUAGGUGCCUUGUUCAUCAACACUGUAAACUUAAGCAUAAAUGUAAUGCAUCCUGUCAAUCUUUACCUUUCACAGCAAUCAGAACACCUGCCAUCUGUUAAAGUCUCUAAAUACUGUUUUACUAAAGCCCAAGAUAACUUAUGUGUAAACCUUCAUAAAUACUCGAGGGUGUGUAUCUGCUUGAAGAAAGCAGCAGAACUCUUUCCAUAACACCUAGAAGCUAUUUUGAGCUCAUCAAUACAGCACAGGAAAAUGGUCCCAAAGGCACAGACAGUACAUGUCAUCUCAUAUGUGAUGAAAAAAUAAGCACCAAAUAUGCUCCACACCACUUCAUUUCCUGAAACACAGCUGAGGUUCUUACUACAUUACAGAAGACCUAAGCAAGUCUGGUAGCCACUCCUGUGACUUGUAUGAAAACAACUUGAUCCCUUUUCCAUUCCCAUCUCAGUUUGUCAAGUUUUAGACAGUGCCAGGUCACUUGCAUCCUAAAAAAUCACCUACAUAUUGAAAACACUGCAAGAAUAUAUUUAUGUAGCCAAGUUCUUCAAGUCCCUCAUUUCGUAACCCACGUUGAAAAUUGAAACUGGGCAGUACCACAAGUUUUCGCAUGACACCAACCACAUCACUCACAGCAAGAGACACAAGGGCUAUUUUUCUUAAUACCAGCUAAAGUCCUUCUCUGAUGCCUAAUCAAUACUUGGGAGUUCUUGAAAUGCAUUAUCAACCAUUCAUUACGGAAAUUACUUCCUUUCAGGCACAACCAGAAAUGGUAGUUAAAGUGUCACAACACAUAUAUUCUUUUCUCACCCAAAUCAUUAUGGGGACACCUUGUUCAUAGGCAUACUCACAAGGAUGUAAGGCCUUCCAUAUGGGUGGGUAACUUGUAUGUUGCCAGUGAAAUUUUUCUCCCUGUCUCCACAAUCUUCUAUUGAUCCUCUGUAUAGGCAGAACACCGAGGUGAAUGCCAUAAAUUUCUCCUUUCCUAUGAGAAGGGAAGAUUGAGUAGGACUAAAUUAGAAGGGUUAUUAUAUCUACCGUGAAGAGGAGACAAGAACUUUGCUUAUGCUACCUAUCAGCUUUAAAAAAACCAGGAUGGACUUACUAACAAGUUGUUCUGCUCAGUUCUGUGUGGGCUCCCAUGCCACCCCCUCAACAGUGCCAUUCUGAGCAUCUUCCUGUAGAAACACAACUACCAUCUGUGAUGUGUGGUUUGCUCUCCCUCGUUCUAGCUCCAAGCAUAGAAUCAUGCACUUAUUUUUAUGAAUGCCCUCAGUGCACUGUGUUUUGCUGCAAUCAAUGCACCACUGGCAGACCAGCUGUUGUGCAAUGGCACUGUUCCCACUCUGCAUGUCUGUCCACCUCAUGAAGAUGCCAGGGACUGUGUGCCUGGGAGUCUAGAGUGCCAGGAUAACAGAGCAGCACAAAAGCAAGACAUACCGAGGAUGGAAGAACCUGAGGCACUGAUGUGACUGACUACGGCCUGGUAACACAUUGCAGAGUUGAAAAGGAAGUUCAUAUAAAGUUACCUCAUGCCCCUCCAAACAAGUCUACUUGUCUGAGUGCACUUCUACCUCCUAAUACACAUUUUGAGACAAUACACAUCUUGUGAUAAAAAACAUAAUUAGGAACACAAGACAAAAUGUUGAAAAAUAGUAUUUAUUAGCACCCAAUUUACAUAAUUAUAUGGUACAAAUGACACUUACUUGCUGCUGGAACAUUAAAUAAAGCUGAUUUAAAAACCAA